AUGGCUAGGUACCUGGCACAGAUUAUAAUCGCUGGAACUCAAGUUGUCGGCAGGGCAUUUGCCAGGGCUUUGAAGCAAGAGUAUGCAGCCAGUCAGCAGGCGGCAAAAAAUGCAGGUGGGGGUCGGCACGGAGCUCGGAUGGCUGCAGCAGAUACUGUUUCUGGAAUGACAUUACAGGAAGCCAAACAAGUGUUGAAUAUAACAGACAUAACUGACAUAGAGACACUACAGAAGAAUUUCACCCAUCUGUUUGAAGCCAAUGACAAGUCCAAAGGAGGCUCACUGUAUCUCCAAUCCAAGGUUGUUAGAGCCAAAGAAAGAAUUGAGAUGGAGCUGUUGAAUCAGCAGAAAACACAAGACGAGAAGUUGAGGAGAUCAUCAGGAGGAACUUCCUCAUGA